AUGAAAUACUUUCUACGCCGACUCUCGCCCUACUCGAAGUUGUCGUCUGGCCUUCCAGCACGGAAGAUGCACCAAUAAUGCACUUUGCUAACAAUCAACGUUUUGCCACGUUCCAUCUGCACACCCUUCGUCGAUGCACAAAAUCAUGAUCAAUCGCAGUCGUUUGUGCAAGGAGAAUCGCGCCUCUUCCCCGCAAGACCAACAAUGACUCGUGUUAGGCUUUACUCCAUGGGUGGCAUUUGUCACUACUUCUAUCCCAAUUCAGGCUUCCUCGCCGAUCGUGCCUUAUUUUCCCCAGUCGCUUCAAUUCACGGAAAAGAACUCUUCCACUAGAACAACUACGAUGUACCGGCAAAUGGUGACUGGUGAACAACCAAAUAUAAUUACAAAUGGCAUGGAGUAUAAGAAUCACCGAGCCGUACGGGCUUGAUGCGUUGUUGCAUCAGUCAGUAAUUUGACGAACCUGCAACAUGGUACGACUUAGCAGGAGUGUCGCAUCUACUGUGGCUCUAUCAGCAGUAUGCUCGUUUGUUGAUGGACAUGGUCUGAACGAUGGUUUGACCGUAAAAACGACCCAUUUCACAGUCAAGGGAACCGUUGAAACGAAUACUACCAACGUUCGCGUCUUUCGUAGGAUUCCAUAUGCAGAGCCACCUCUCGGUGCCAAUCGGUUCAAGCCACCAGUCACCAAAAAGCCCGAACUCGACGUCUUAGACUCGACCGAAUUUGGACCUUCCUGCAUUCCUAUCAACAACGGCCAGCCGACGCCAUACACCGAAUAUCUCCCUGGAUUUCUUUUGGCACCGGGGGCCACAACGGGAGAGGACUGCCUGAGUCUUGCCUUGUGGGCACCGAGAGAGAAGAAAGAGGAGAGGCUUCCGGUCAUUAUAUACAUUCCAGGUGGUGGCUUCACAGGUGGUGGUGCCAAUUCGCCUUACAAGUAUGGUGGGCCAAUCGUUCGAGACAAUCAAGAUGUCAUUGUCAUUGCAAUCAACUACCGUGUAAACAUUUUCGGUUUCCCCAAUGCCGCUAGUCUGAACCAACACAACCUAAAUCCAGGCUUGUUGGAUCAACGCAAAGCGGUAGAAUGGGUCUACGACAAUGUUGCGGCUUUUGGUGGCGACCCUGCAAAGAUCACACUUUGGGGCCAGUCGGCCGGGGGUUCAUCGGUCGACAAGUAUGCAUAUGCGUGGGCAGAUGAUCCAAUUGUCCGAGGUCUCAUUGCAGAUUCCGGCGUUGCAUCUUUGCUUGGAACUACGUCUGCGGACACUUCCAACUUUACUUAUGUUGCGUCACAAAUUGGAUGCAAUCAAGAAGAUGCCGAUGAUCAAUUCUCUUGCGUUCAACAGAAGAAUGCGAGCGAGAUUAUCAAGGUCCUGAAUACCUACAAUGCUACUCAGAAUAGCGGAAAGGGGCUUACCUUUACCCCAACUGCCGACAACGAAACUAGCUGGGCGGACUACACUGAUCUCAGGAACAGAGGUAGAUUUGCGCGAUUGCCUCUUUUGACUGGUAUAAAUGACAAUGAAUUUGCGACCUUACUACCCCUCAGUCCCAAUGGCCCUAACCAGACCGCUGUUGACCGAUCAACUAAUGCCUCAAUGAACUGUCCUGCUGCCGCUGCUGCUCGAUCUCGCACUGAGUACAGUAUUCCGGCUUGGAGGUACCGAUAUUUCGGUCAAUUCCCCAAUCUCAACCCUGUAGAAUGGCUAGGUGCUUAUCACUCCAGCGAACUACCCAUCAUUUUCAAUACAUCAAAUCUCCUCGGACCAAACACAGACAAUGAGCUCGCCACGGUUGAGUAUUUGCAAGGAGCAUGGCUUUCAUUCGUGAGAGAUCCGGAGAAUGGAUUGAUCAAUUAUGGCUGGCCUUUGUAUAAUGAAACUACCGAAAGUCUAGUUCAAUUGGGCCUGGAAGGUAACCCAAAGGCAGUAUUCGCUCCAGCGGGCAAAUUUGACGAGACGUGUACAUAG